CCACAGACGCAACGUUAAUAGGAACCUUCUAACACAAGCUUCGUUUUCUAUCCGGGUUUGUUUAUCAGUGACUACAUAAUCCUGCUAAACUGCAAUAGCCUCUUCUUUGUUUGUUGUUUUCGUUAAAAAUCAAAAGUGGAAUUAUCAUCUGGACUCGUCUGUUUCUAAAAUGGAGCCAGCAUGUCGAAAAGACAAACAGAAGCAGCAAACGCCGACCCGUGGAGAUCGAACCAAACAGAAAUCAGCCCAGCAGGAGCUGAAGCAAAGACAAAGAGCAGAGAUUUACGCCCUGAACAAAGUCAUGACUGAGCUUGAACAGCAGCAGUUUGAAGCCUUCUGCAAGCAGAUGCAGUCACAAGCCGAAUGAGAAAAAAACUAAUGUCAGGACAAAUAUACACAGGUUAGGGUUAAGAUAAGAUAUUUUCGUAUUAUUGUAACCCAUUUGAUAAUCAGCCUUUUCCUCCCCUUACAUUUAAACCAAAAUGUAUUCGUUGGAGAUUGACACACACACACACUACUUGAAUCUGAGUGUACAAUCACAUCGCAAACGGCGGUCAGUAUAUACAAAACCAAAAAUAUCAUAGUACAUCAUAUUUAUCAGAGAAGCACCCUGUGAAAAGACAUUCAUUCACUCUAUAGGAUGUUAAACAUCUGAUGGUUUCAUUGUUAACUGUGAUGUUUUAUAUGAUGCACAAUGUUUUUUGUCCUGAAUAAUAUGUAUGGUUGGUAACUCUAUUUUAGACAAUUGUUAAACAAUACCUAUUGACUGAAGGAAAAACAAGAUACAGUUGUCACUCUUUUGGUUUAUGAUUAACUUAUUUGUGACGUGACAUACUUUAAUAAUAGUAAAUGUUCUUUUGACCACAAGCAGUUUUUAAUAGUUUCGUUUUUGAUUAAAAUUUGAUUAUUAAAAA